AUGCAGGCACUACCUAAAAAUUCAAAGCAGCCAGAGCGGGAAGAGAAAAGGGUCCUUGGCCUUGUGUUGCUGCGAGGAGAAAACCUGGUGUCCAUGACAGUUGAGGGGCCACCACCAAAAGAUACUGGAAUUGCCCGGGUACCUCUUGCUGGAGCUGCUGGAGGACCCGGCGUUGGGAGAGCAGCAGGGAGGGGAGUGCCAGCUGGAGCACCCAUGCCACAGGCUCCAGCAGGCUUAGCUGGCCCUGUCAGAGGGGUGGGAGGACCAUCCCAACAGGUGAUGACUCCUCAGGGCCGAGGAACAGUUGCAGCAGCAGCUGCAGCAGCCACAGCCAGCACAGCAGGAGCCCCCACCCAGUACACACCAGGGCGGGGGGGGCCGCCCCCCCCCAUGAGUAGAGGAGCACCUCCUCCAGGAAUGAUGGGACCUCCUCCAGGCAUGAGACCACCUAUGGGCCCACCAAUGGGAAUGCCACCUGGCCGAGGUGCUCCUAUGGGAAUGCCCCCACCAGGCAUGAGACCACCACCCCCAGGAAUGAGAGGACCCCCUCCACCUGGCAUGCGUCCACCAAGGCCAUAAGAUAUUCUAUAAUGUACCUUUGAACUGUGAGAAGACUGAUGUAAGAGAAUAUACUGAGCAGUACCACCUGUCAGAACUUUGCUAUGUUUUAUAGCUGCUGCUUGUAAAGCUUGUUCUUUCUAAUAAAGCUGGAAGG